AUGACGUCUCCCAAAAACAAAGCCAAGAAGAGGCCGCCCAAAGACAGCAUGACGCUGCUGCCGUGCUUUUAUUUUGUGGAGCUCCCAAUCGUCCUGUCCUCCUUGGUGUCCUUGUACUUCCUGGAGCUGACAGAUGUGUUGUCCCCGGCAAUGGUGGGCUUCCGUUGCCAUGACCGCGACCUAUCCAUGCCCUACAUGGAGACGGGCGACGAGCUCAUCCCGCUGCUGAUGCUGCUGAGUUUGGCCUUCGCUGGUCCUGCGGCGUCCAUCAUGAUGGGCGAGGGACUGAUGUACUGUAUGCAAUCCAAGCUGAAAACUUGUCCCAAGUCAGAGAGCAGCAUCAACGCUGGAGGCUGCAACUUCAACUCCUUCCUACGCAGGACUGUGCGCUUUGUUGGUGUUCAUGUGUUCGGUCUCCUGGCAACGGCCCUGGUGACAGAUGUCAUCCAGUUAGCAACCGGUUACCACGCCCCGUUCUUCCUCACCGUGUGCCAGCCCAAUUACACGGCGCCCGGAGUGUCAUGUGACAACAACGCCUACGUCACGCAGGACAUCUGCAUGGGGAAGGACCAGUACGCCAUCAUGUCGGCCAGGAAAACCUUUCCAUCCCAGCAUGCAACACUGUCUGGCUUCGCCGCCGUCUACAUCUCCAUGUAUUUUAACGCCAGCAUCAACAGCACAACCAAGCUGCUGAAGCCGCUCCUGGUGUUCGCCUUCUGCAUGGCGGCCGGCCUCUCCGGCCUCACGCAGAUCACCCAGCACCGCAGCCACCCCAUCGACGUCUACGUGGGAUACCUCAUCGGAGCCGGCAUCGGCGUCUACCUGGCGGUGUACGCAGUGGGAAACUUUAAAGCGUCGGACGAAGAUUCUCCGUCUCUGCAGAAGCUGGCCCCGGCUCUGCAGAAGGACAGCCUGCGGGUGCUGAGCCAGCGGAGCCACGACUCCCUGUACAGGAAGACCCCCCGGGUGUCGGAGAGCCGGGAGGAGCUGGGGGCGGGGCUGGGGGCGGGGCUGGGAUCCGGGGCUCGCAGUAAGGUGAGGAGGGAGAAGGCGUCCCUGGCCUCCCUCAAGCGAGCCAGCGCUGACGUGGAGCUCCUGGCGACCCGGGGUCCCAUGGGCAAGGAAACCAUGGUGACCUUCAGCAACACGCUGCCCCGGGUCGCCAACGGCAACAGCCCCAUCUCCCCCUCCGACGAGCCGGUGGGCACGCAGCGCCACAUGACCUUCCACGUGCCCUUUGACCCCCAGAAGUCCCGGCAGCUGGUGUCGGAGUGGAAGCAGCGCUCGCUGGAGCUGCGCAGCCAGAGCUCCCGGGACGAAGAGGAGGAAGAGGAGGAGGAGGGAGGAGAGGAGGGAGGAGCCACGGCAGGAGACGCAGGAGACAUGGGGAUGCCCUCCUCUCUUUACCCCACGGUGCAGGCCAACAAGGGCAUCGCCACGCCGACGGGAGUCAGGAUGGUGGUGGCCCCCCCGCUGGUUCACAUCCCCGAGGAGGCCUCUCGACCGCCGCCCGUGUCGCCGAAGAGCGCCAAGACCCGGGCCAAGUGGCUGUCACUCACAGAGGGGGGGUCGGUGAAGGAGCCGGGACCGGGACCCAUCGCCGUGUCCACCCCCCGGGUUCCCAGCAUGCAGCCCACCCAGCCGCCCAGUCAGCACCGAGUCACUCAGGUGAUAGCGAUGUCGAAGCCGCAGAGUCACGGACCAAUCAGCUCGUCCGCCAAGACCUCAGAAGGCGGCUCCUCCUCCGGCGGCGGCUCCAACUGCUCCGAGUCUCCGUACUACCGGAUCCCGUCGGACCGGGACAGCUGCAGCGGCAGCAACCCGGGCAGCAUCGCCGGCAGCGGCAGCAUCGUCACCAUCGACGCCCACGCCCCCCACCACCCGGUGGUGCGCGUGUCGGCGGCCAACGGGAAGCCGUGGGAGUGGAGGAACACCAUCAGUGGGAACAUGCUGGCGGCGGCGGACACGGCGGGGGGGGGGGACAAGCACCGCAUGUCGCUGCAGCGCCAGGACAACCUCAACCACUACCGGGACUACCGGACGCUGCCGAUGAAGACCGACUCGCUCGGCUCCUCCUCGGCCGAGGGGGGGCCGGAGCUGCCUCCUCCUCCUCUCCCCACCUCCACCUCCCCCCUGCCUCCCCCGCCUCAGAUGUGCUCGUCCCCUCUUCCACCACCUCCUCCUCACUCCUCCUCCUCCUCCCCCCUGCCUCCUCCUCUUCCUCACCCGAGCGUCUCUCCGCUGCCUCCCCCUCUCCCUCACCCUUCCUCCUCCUCUCACAUGCCGCCACCUCCUCACCCGUCCUCUCAGAUGUCCCCGCCCCCCCUCCCGUCGUCCUACCACAUGCCUCCACCUCCUCACCCGUCCUCCUCUCCCAUGCUCCCCCCUCCUCCUCACCCAUCGAUCUGUCCGAUGCUCCCACCUCCUCACCCCUCCGCCUCCAUGCUGCAGCCUCCUCACCCGUCCUGCUCCUCCGGCAUGCUCCCCCCUCCCCCCCACCCCGACCUGCUGAUGGAGGCUCACGGCCAGACGCUGUCCCGCUCCUCCACGCUGCCGCGCCGGCCCUCCGCCCGCAGCCACGCCGAGCAGGAGCACUACUACAAGGCCAUGCAGAACGAGAGGAUGUUAUAA